CAGUCACGAGCAUGCUCUAAACUGUCAACGUUAGCUUUUUGGGAUUAAUUUUACAGUUCAUUAUGGAAGAAAAGCUAAUGGUUUUACUGCCGCAUUGGAAUAUUGUUAUACGUAAGGUGUGAGGACUUUGGAAAAACUUUAUGCAUUACCGGAAUCGAGGACCUCAGGUCUGCGGGUCCAUGUUGAGACGGUGAGAAUGGCUUUCACAGACACGGCCAUAAUUCUCACUGUCGUAGCAGUCCUAGCAACCGUAAUCAAAUGUCAGGGAAGUCUGCUUAAAGACACCUCUCCGCUGAAGUUCACCCAUCAUUUGUAUAAUGCCAGCAUUUAUGAGAACUCUGCCCCCAGAACCUAUGUUGAGAACCCCGUACAGACGGGCAUCAUACUAUCUGAUCCCUUUUGGGAGAUCAAGUACAAGAUUGUGGCUGGUGAUGAUGACGGCCUUUUCAAAGUAGAGGAGAAAGUCGUAGGAGAUUUCUGCUUUCUAAGAAUCAAAACCCGAACCAGUAACUCGGCUGUGCUCAACAGAGAGGUACGGGACAUCUAUACUCUUACCGUGGAGGCCACUGAGAGCACCUAUGACAACAAGGUUAGAACAAAGGUAUUGAUCCAGGUGCUUGACACCAAUGAUCUGAAACCCCUCUUUUACCCAGCCUCGUAUCAUGUGCAAAUCAAAGAGGACACACCAAUCAAGUCGAGCCUUGUGAGAGUAAGCGCAACAGAUGCUGAUAUUGGCAGCAACGCUGACUUUUAUUAUUCAUUCACAACCAGAUCCCACCCCUUCGCUGUCGAUCCAUUCACUGGGACCGUUUCACUUGUCAAGAGACUUAAUGCUAGUCAGAGAGACCAGUAUGAGCUCACUGUACUGGCAGAGGACAGAACAAAGAAAAUCUCUGGCGUGCAAAAGUUUGGGAAUGUUGCAACAGUUGUUGUGAGCAUACAAAAGGUAAUAGAAAACUUUACCCUUAUCACACCCAUCAGCGUUGCAUAUCCUCAAUUGGAUGAUGGCACAAUAAGCGUAAACGUCAAGAUGGAACCCAAGGAGAGGGAAAAAACGGCGUCUUUAGGUAUAGUUGAAGGGGAUCCAGUAAAGAGCUUUCAGAUUGUUCCGUCUGCUGUGAGGGAUGGUGGCUUUGAGCUGGUCUCAACAAAACGGAUUGAGUGGUCUACAAAUCCAUUUGGAUUAAACAUUUCUCUUCAAGCAAAAGACAAAAGUAACCCCCCAUCGCUAACGACGAAAAAAAAUGUACACAUCCCACCUCAAUCUGAACCUCUGAAAUUUGAACAGGAACACUAUCGCGUCGUCCUUAGCGAAUUUUCUCCACCACAAAGUCAUGUGGUUAGAGUGUCUGUAGGUCAGAAUGUCAAACAUAUAACCUUCAGCAUCAGGAAAAACCCAGACAGCCAUCAAUUUAAAAUCAGUGCCAAAACUGGUGUAAUCGUAAUAACUCAGUUUCUUGACUUUGAAACGCAAUCUCAUUAUGAGUUUGAAGUCAUGGUAAACAAUGUAGAAGCGUUAACCCGGGUCACGGUAGAUGUAAUUGAUGAAAACGAUAAUGCCCCUAGUUUCACAUCGCCCUCAUACCAAACUUCUCUUCCUGAAAAUGUUCCAAUCGGAACAAGCAUCUUAGCCGUCUCUGCCAUUGAUAUUGACAAAGAUAACAACGGUUUUGUGACAUAUGCAAUAGCAAACACAUCUCCCGUGCCUUUCACUAUAGACCCAUUUACCGGUGUAAUUUCUACCUUUGAUGAAUUCGAUUACGAACUCAUGAAGAGGUGGUACCACCUCAGAAUCUGGGCAUCUGACAGCGGCAGCCCUUUUAGCAGAGUGAGCGAAUGUUCAGUAACCAUCACCAUGACCAAUAUCAACGACAACGUUCCAGUUUUUGAGCGGGUGGCGUGCAAUGCCUCCAUACCCCGAGACUUCGCGGUGGGGGAGAGCAUUGUAGAGAUGUUAGUACUUGAUUUGGAUGAGCUGCAGCAGGUUAUGUACAUAAUAGAGUCUGGAAAUGAUGACGGAUUGUUUGCUAUUGACCCUGUUUCUGGGACCAUUACACUUGCUAAGGCCAUUCCCUCCAAUAAUGUAGAAGCGGAUAAUUCUCUAUAUAUACUUAAAAUAACAGCUACAGAUGGAAGAUACAAGGCAGAUUCCAACACUGUAACAGUGCGUAUCACAGCCAAGGGAACUAAUGCCACCACAUAUUGCAAAGACACAGGAAUUAAUAAGCAGCGGACAGAGAAGCUUAUCGAAUCAUUUAAGCCUUCACAAUCUGUCAAAGACGACGAGUUGAUCUCUGAUGUUCAUAUAAUUAACCGCCACUCUCCAAAGUUUAUCAUGGGCACACCAAGCUCGAUAGACAUCAGGGAGGACUUUGACCUCAACGGGUCUGUUUUGCACUUUAAUGCCACUGAUUAUGAUUCCGGCUUUAAUGGAAAGCUUGUCUAUGCAAUUUCCAGUGGAAAUGAGGAUGGGUGUUUUACUACCGACAUGAACACGGGUGACCUCAAGGUCAUUUGUGCACUGGACAGAGAGCAAAAAGAAUUUUACAUUCUGAACAUCACAGUGUAUGAUCUAGGCUCUCCACAAAUGGCUAUAUGGAAGUUGCUUGCCGUCAGUGUUUUAGAUGCCAAUGAUAAUCCGCCACAGUUUUCUCAGCCAAGAUACAUUGUAAGGAUCCCAGAAGACACAGAGGUUGACAAAAGCAUAUUUAAGGUAAACGCAGUAGAUUUUGACGCUGAUGACAAUGGGAAGUUGAAAUACUCACUGCUAACCUUCACAGAUUUCUUCAAGAUUGAUGAAUUCACAGGGGAGGUGAAGGUAAUUGGGCAUUUAGAUAGAGAAAGCUUCCGUCGAUAUGAUCUAAAAAUUGAGGCUCGAGAUCAAGCCCAGCAGGACCCGCAGCUUUUCUCAUUUGCAGAUCUGGUCGUUGUGCUGGAAGAUAUUAAUGACAAUCCUCCUAAGUUUGCACCCACAGUCGUCAAGGUAAAAGUUCCUGAAGAUGCUCCCUUAGGCACGGUGCUGUUAUGGGUGGAAAGUUUUGACCUAGAUCUGGAGAGCGGAGGUCUUAUAAGCUACAACCUGGGAAACAGUGAAACUGGAACGUUUGUUCUCGAUACCUCAACAGGCUGCUUGACUUUGGAGCGUGAACUUGACUUCGAAAAACAGCAGUUGUAUAAUCUAACUGUUCGAGCUGUAGACCAUGGAAAGCCCCGGUCUUUAUCGUCUUCAUGCUUCAUUGAGGUUGAAGUGUUGGAUGUCAAUGAAAAUCUGAACCGGCCUACCUUUACCCACUUUGUUCAUAACGCAGUAGUUAUGGAGGACGCUAACAUAGGAACCUCAGUUUUGACUCUGACCACUGUGGAUAAUGAUCUUGGAAGAGAUGGAGAAGUCAGAUAUUACAUCCAUGAUGGCUCAGGGCUUGGCGUCUUCUCGAUUGAUGAAAAAACAGGUGAUGUACGAACCGCAGCUUCUCUGGAUCGUGAGGCUGUGUCACACUACUGGCUGACGGUUUAUGCAAAAGAUUUGGGCACCGUACCACUGCUAUCCUGGACUGAGGUCUACAUUGAGGUUUUGGAUAUUAAUGACAAUCCCCCUGAGCUCUCCGUACCUGUUUACUUCUCCUUUGUGCAAGAGAAUCUGCCAAAGGACAAACAUGUCCUCGAAGUAUCUGCCACCGACAUGGACAAGUCCUCCGAGGGCAAACUAACGUUCCAGAUCCAGGAUUCUCAGCGCUCGAAUUUCAGCAUAGAUGCACAAACAGGUGUGAUCCGCACUCUCAUUGCCUUGGACCGAGAAGAAAAAGCAGAGCACAUUAUUGAGGUGAUGGUAUCAGACAAUGGCGCUCCUCCAUUAAGCUCCACUGCCAUCGUAGUUAUUGAAGUCUUAGAUGAGAACGAUAACAGCCCUCGGUUCAGUCAUAAGCUUUUCCAGGUAAAAUUGCCUGAAUGGGAGAGCACAGCCGAGCCCCAGGAGAUCUACAGGAUGGUUGCCCGCGAUGACGACAAGGGGCCUAAUGGGACUAUUACGUACAGCCUGGAAGACAGUAUUGGGGAUCAAUUUAAUAUUCAUCCUCAUACCGGAGUGGUGACAUCUAGAGGAGAGUUUGUAAGAGGCAGCUACAGUAUUCUGACGAUAAAAGCAACAGACCAAGGCGAUCCUCCAAGAAUGUCUAAGGGCCGUUUGCAUGUUGAGUGGGUUCCUAAACCCAAGCCAAACUCUGAAGUGCUGGCUUUCGAUGAGCCCCCAUUUAACUAUGUGGUUAUGGAAACAGAUCCUGUAACGGAUAUGGUGGGAAUCAUCCAUACUGAGAUAACCAAGAAUCUACUUUUGUUUGACAUUAUUGGUGGUGAUGAAGGACAGGACUUCUACAUUGAGAAGAACUCAGGGAGCAUUAUCAAAGCCCGGCGUCUGAAUGCAGCCGUAAAGUUAAAUUACAACUUGACUGUCAGAGUCACGGAUGGCAUUCAGACUAUAAGCACUCAGGCCUACAUUCAAGUAAUAGAUAUAAACGAGCCUAGGCCCAUGUUCCUGAAAAGCAUCCAUGAGGUGAGAGUGCCAGAAGACACAGCACCAUGGAAAGAGAUCCUUCACAUCAGUGCCCAGGAUGCAGACACCAACAGUGGACUGAUUUACACCAUCCAAAGUAGCCUAAACCCAGACAGCCAUAAAUAUUUUCACCUGGACCAAAAAAGUGGUGUGCUCGUCUUGAAAGAAGAGCUAGACUACGAGACCAUUUCGACUCACACUCUCAUUGUGAUGGUCAAAAAAAUGAUGCAAAGAAAAAAUAACUUUAUGCAGGUUGUUGUGCACGUAGAGGACUGUAAUGACCACAUCCCAGUUUUUAUGAACACUCAUGAAGGCACCAUAAGUAAUUUGGCUCCCGCUGGAACAGAAGUUUUGAGAGUCAAAGCCCUGGAUAAGGAUACAGGAAGCAAUGCAGAAAUUGUUUAUUCGUUUCACACUGGUGGGAAUGUGGAUGGUUCCUUUGAUAUCGACCAGGUGACAGGAAGCAUUCGCGUGGCUGAGAUGUUAGACAGAUUUUCUCAGAAGCAGUAUCACCUCACAGUGAAAGCCACAGAUCAAGGAUUUCCCCAACGCAGUGCCUUUUGCCCAGUUAACAUCACUGUAAAGCUGUCUGGAUUUACACCUCCCAAGUUCUCCUCUGAUGAAUACAUCACUGAGAUAAGUGAGGCCAUAGCUCCAAACUCCCCAGUGUUAUCUGUCUCCACAAGUUGCAUUUCUUCAGUGUUGUACAAAAUCACUGAAGGAGACCCCAGUGGAAUUUUCAACAUCAACAUCAACUCUGGACUGUUGUCCGUCCAAAAGGCACUUGACUUUGAGGAGAAUCCUUCUUAUCAACUGAGAAUAAGAGCUACAAAUACCGCAGGAGUCUCAUCUGAUGCUGUCGUCUAUGCGUACGUUAUAGAUGAAAAUGACAAUGCCCCCGUUUUCUAUCAGGACACUUACUAUGGGCAGAUCAGUGAGUCAGCACCUCUGAACAGCAUUGUAACUGGAGACAACAAUACACCGUUGGUGAUCAAGGCAUCAGAUGCGGAUAAAGACACAAAUGCACUUCUGGUUUUCCAAAUCCUUGAGCCUGCAGCUCAGAAGGUGUUCAAAAUAGAUCCAAACAUGGGCACCAUUUCUUUAAAAUCUACAGUUGACUUUGAGUCAACGUCUGAGUAUUUCUUUAGUGUUCAGGUUUGGGAUUCGGGCAAGCCCUCGCUAAGUGCUUCCAAACCAUGCAGAGUGGAUAUAAGUGUUCUGGAUUUUAAUGAUUGUCCUCCAAAAUUUGAUUUACCUGAAUAUGAAACUGCCAUUAUGUUACCUCUUUUUAAAGACAUGGAAGUAAUGCAAGUAACAGCUCAUGAUGCGGAUUCAACCAUAACCUACAAAAUUUCAGAUAGUAACAAUAACAACGUAUUUAAAAUAGAUAGAUCGACUGGAAUCAUCUUAAUUAACGACAUGUCUGAACUACAGUCCUACAAUGAGCUGAAAGUCAUUGCUUCAGAUGGGUUAUACAAAGACAUUGCAAUGGUGAAAAUCAACAUCACCAAUGCAACAAAAACAAGUCUGAAGUUUGAGGAGAGGAUGCAUGUAGCUACAGUACAGGAAAACACUACAUCUGUAAAAAAUUUAGCUGUCCUAAGAGCAACCGGUAGCUACCUCAAUGAGCCUCUGCAGUACACUGUUUUAAACACAGAUGAGAGAUUUGUAGUGAUUCCAUCCUCCGGAGUUCUGCAGACCACGGGCAUUCCAUUCGACAGAGAAGCAGAUGAGUAUGAUGUGGUUGUAGAAGUCAGAGACAUGAAACAUCCACCCCGUGUAGACAUUACCCAUGUUAAGGUCUUCAUAGAUGAUAUCAAUGACAAUGCUCCCAGGAUAUCAAAUUUGCCUCAUUCUUUGAUGAUAUCUGAGGAGACUGAACCAGGGGAUGUUCUCUUUCAAGUGCAGGCAACUGACGAUGACUUUGGUGAGAACGGAUCUUUAAAUUUUGUAUUGGUGGAUGAUUUCGCUCUCUUUCGAAUCGACCCAUUGCUUGGGGAUGUGUCUUUACAAAGACCUUUAGACUUUGAGUCAAUGAAUAAAUAUGAGCUCACUGUGCUGGUAUCAGACGAAGGUGAGCCCAGUCUGUCAGUGGCAGGAACACUCUACAUCCAAGUGCAAAAUCGUUCCCAUCCAAUAUUUCAAAGCCUGUUCUACCCGCUGAAAUUACCUGAGAAUAUUACUCCUUUUACAACUAUCCUGCAUGUGCAAGCGAGAAACCCAGAGGGAUACCGCCUUAUCUACAAUCUGGAGGAAGAAAACGCCUCCAAGUUUUUUCACAUUGAUUUCAAAACAGGAGUCUUAAGUGUCACUGAUUUCCUAGAUUAUGAGAUUGAAACAAAGCAUAUUUUGACCGUCCGUGCAACAGAUUCAGUCACCGGUACAUUUUCCGAGGCCAAAGUUGAGAUUGAUGUGGAAGAUAUGAACGACAAUGCUCCUGUCUUUCAAAGGCUCACUUAUGUUGCAGAUGUCCCUGAGGGUCUUCCGGUUGGCACAUCUGUUAUACAGGUCUCAGCCACAGACAAAGAUUCUGGAAGGAACUCAGAUUUAACGUACCAACUGAUCCACAAAGAAACAGACUUUUUUGAAAUUGAUCCUCUAAACGGACUUUUGGUGACAUCGCAAGUACUAGACUAUGAAACCAAACAGCAGUUCACAAUGAAAGUUAAAGCCACAGAUAAGGGUUCACCCCAACUCAUCAGUGAAGCUAUCAUUGUUGUUAAAGUAAUAGAUGUUAACGACAACCCUCCCAAUUUUAGCGAGUCAUCGUAUCAAGCCACUCUGGAUGAAAUGGCCACUUGUGGUCACAUAGCUAUCAAAGUUCAGGCCUCAGACCCCGAUAGCAGGGAUGAUCUCCAAUACAAGAUACUCUCAGGUAAUGAAGGGAGAUAUUUUUCAAUCAAUGAAUCAUCUGGACUCAUCUCAUUAUCAAAUGUGUGCAAGAGAAAACUAGAUCCAUUUUAUAACCUCACCGUUGCCGUUUCGGACGGCGUGUUUCAGAAGACCGCCCCUGUUAACAUCGACAUGUCCAAUGGCAACAAACACAGCCCUCAUUUUAGCCAAAACAUUUACGAGGCCGAUCUGGCAGAGAACGCAGAAAUAGGAACACGUGUGAUUCGACUGGCUGCUAUUGAUCCGGACGACGGCCCGUUUGGCAGUGUUGAUUACACCAUCAUUAACAAGCUAGCGGAUGAGAAGUUCUCCAUCGGUGAAGAUGGACAAAUCGUGACUUCUCAGUCCUUGGACAGAGAAAAUCCAUCGCAAAGAGUGAUUGCUAUUAAGGUCAUGGCUAAGGAUGGUGGAGGAAGAGUGGGCUUUUGCACUGUAAAGAUUAUUUUAACAGAUGAGAAUGAUAAUGCCCCUGAGUUUAAAGCCUCGGAAUAUCAGGUUUCCAUUCAGUCCACAGUGAACAAAGGCUCUCCGGUGAUACAGAUAAUGGCAUAUGAUGCAGAUGAAGGCAAAAAUGCUGAUGUCACUUACACCGUAGAAGAAGGCCAGGAAGUUACAGAAGACAUUAUUGAGGUCAAUCCAUUUACUGGUGUGGUCAGAGUCAAAGAGAGUCUGGUUGGUUUUGAGAACAAGAUUUUCAAUUUCAAAGUUAAGGCUCGAGAUGGAGGCAUUCCUUUUUACAACUCCACUGUACCAGUACAGGUCAAAGUGCUCCCGCCAGAGGUGGUUCUUCCCAGGUUUACAGAACCACUGUACUCAUUUUCAGCAUAUGAAGACCUCCCCAUCGGAUAUGAGAUAGGAACAGUCAAGGCAGACGCUGAUAUGCCCCUCAUAUACAGCUUGGUGAAUGGAAACACUGUGGACAGCAACAGAGACCAUGUAUUUGCCGUUGAUAAAGACAGCGGUACAGUUUUGAUCCAGAAAAACAUUGACCAUGAAAAAACAAAGAUAUAUACAAUCGACGUCCUUGCCCAAGCUAAUUACAAUGGCACAGAUGUAGCAACUCUUGUUUCUGUGCACAUAGAAGUUCAAGAUGUCAAUGACAAUCAGCCUACGUUCGAGGCUGACCCCUAUAAGGCCUUCCUGGCAGAAAAUUUGCCCUCUGGGACAACAGUCAUUCAAGUGACAGCAAAUGAUGCAGACACAAAUGUCAAUGGAGAGGUAUCAUAUACACUGAUGUCAGAGUCAGAUGAUAUUGGAGACAUGUUAACCAUUGAUUCACAAACUGGAUGGAUAACUACCUUAAAGAAAGCUGACUCAGAGACCAAACAACUUUAUAGAUUCUAUGUGGUAGCCACCGAUCACGGUGAUGUUGUUAAACUGUCCUCUUCAGUGCAAGUCGAAGUGACCAUAACAGAUGAAAAUGAUAACCCACCUGAGUUUACAGAGGAGCUUUAUCAAGGAUCCAUCCUGGAGAACAGCAGACCUGGAGAGACCAUUGUUAUGUUGACAACUUCUGAUAAAGAUGUGUCUGUGGACAAUAGACAGAUUGUAUGUUAUAUAACAGAUGGAGACCCAUUGGGACAGUUCUCAGUCACAGCAGCAGAUGACGAGUGGAGAUUGAUUUCCCGAAGUCCACUUGACAGAGAAGACAAGGACAUAUACACCCUUAGGAUAAUGGCCACAGAUGGAAGGUUUCAAACCUCUGCCAAUGUGGAGGUCCAUGUUCUUGACGUCAAUGACAACAGUCCACUGUGUGAGCAAUUACUUUAUACUGAAGCAGUCAUGGAGAAUUCCCCAUCCAACAUGUUCAUUCUGAAGAUCUCUGCUUCUGAUCCGGACAUUGGAACCAAUGGACAGAUCUCAUUUACUCUUCACGGUCCAAAUGCAGACAAGUUCCAUCUUGACUCCAAAACGGGGGAGCUAUUCACACUCGCUGUCUUGGACCGAGAGAGGGAAACAGAGUAUGAUCUUGUUGUCAAAGCAACUGAUGGUGGUGGACACUCAUGUCAGGCAGACGUUAUGCUCAUGAUGCAGGACAUGAACGACAACCCACCUAAGUUCUCCACGAACCACUAUGAGAUUACCGUGUUUGACAACACUACGAUAAGGACACCCAUUGCUGUCAUAUACGCCAAAGACCCAGACACAGGUAUCAACUCGGAGGUGAGAUACUCUCUUCAAGGUGCUGACAGUGGAUUCUUCUCCUUGGAUGAGAUCUCAGGCAUUCUGAGACUGGAGAGAUCUUUAUCUGAUGAGACCAAGCCCAUCUUUGAGAUGACUGUGAAAGCCACAGAUCGAGGCCUCCCUCGCCACCUUUUCUCCUUUGCUAAGAUCACCGUACAUGUGUUCGUCCUGAGUGACUACCAACCGUUGUUUCUGAGCUCAGAGUACUCCGUACAAAUCCCAGAAUCAUUUCAAAUAGGGUCAGAAGUGAUCACGCUGUCUACCCUUGCCAAAGAUGGAACAGAUUAUGAGCCAGUGCGAUACACUAUCAUUUCCGGCAAUGAGGACGCCAGAUUCAAAAUCAACCCAGUGAAAGGUACGCUGUCAGUGAAUGCUACACUAGACUUCGAGCUCAGCCGGCAGUAUUAUCUGUCAGUGGAGGGGGCGAGGGGCAAACCAUUGCUCAGUGACAUUGCCACGGUUAUCAUCAAUAUCACAGACGUCAAUGACAACCCGCCCGUGUUUAGCCGCAGCAGCUACAGUGCCGUGACCACCGAGGACAUUUCACCUGGGGACGCUGUUUUGCAGGUAACUGCUGUCGACCUCGACGGGCCCCCAAAUAACUUCAUUUUCUACUCCAUUGUGAGCGGUAAUCCCAAGCAGCAGUUUAGCAUCAACCCUCGCUCCGGCCACAUCACGGUACGCUCCAUGCUGGAUCGGGAAGAGAUAACACACUACUCGUUGACUGUUCAAGCGAACGAUGAAGGAGAUCCGCCAUUAUCCUCUGCCGUCCAGGUGAUGGUGACUGUGUCUGAUGUCAACGACAACCCACCUAUGUUCUCACAGAUCAACCACGACCUCUUUCUUCAGGAAGGAGAGGCUAUGGGCAGUGGCAUUCUGCAGCUGCUGGUAACAGACAGAGAUACGCCUCAGAACGGCCCUCCCUUCUCCUUCCAUAUUGUCUCCGGAAAUGAGGACAAGAGCUUUCACAUUGACCAAGGUGGACUCCUGUCCGUAUCCUCCCCACUGAGGAGGACAGCCAAGCCUCAGCAUCUGCUGAAAAUCCAGGUCACCGACAACGGGCAUCCUCCACUAUCCUCUAUCUGUGUGGUGAAGAUCAACAUAACAGAGCAGAGCAGAUUUCCACCCACAGUGACUCCGCUGGAGGUUUUCAUCACCACUCCUGGGGGGACGUUCACCAAACGAGCGAUCGGCAAACUGCACGCCUCCGACCAAGACCUCCAUGACGUUCUUUCUUACAAACUUGUAUCUGAUGUCCUAGACAGAGACUUGUUUUCUGUGGACCCACUUGAUGGAAAGAUCGUAGUAGAGAAUGACCUGGAGCCAGGCCUGUACCAACUAAACAUCACUGUGUCUGAUGGGAAGUUUAGCGUCUGGGCUGCUGUAAAGGUUCACGUCUGGUCUGCAGCUCGGCACGUUUUGGAUCGGGGCUUCACGCUGCAGUUGGCCGGUCUUUCGGCUGAGGCAUUUGUGGCCGAUCAUUGGAGGGGCCUCCAGCGCAGCCUGAGUUUAGAACUCAACAUAUCCAGACAGGAGCUGCAUAUUGCCAGCUUGCAACAAGUACCUGACUCAGUCAACACAGAGGUACUGCUGGUCCAUCGAGCUCAGGACGGCUCUGUUCAGCCCAUACCUGCACAGCGGCUGACUGGGGUCAUGUCAGCUGUGGGAGACACGCUGCGUUUGAACAUCUUGAGGCUGAAGCAUGAUGGUUGUGUGGACGCUGGGUGCCCACCACAGGGUUGCAGAAACUCAGUCGUGAUAAAGAACGGGAGAAUGAACAACUAUGCGACGGCACGAGCUAACUUCAUCACCCCACAGCACAGCUGGGAGAGCGUCUGCUUCUGCAAUGAAUCUGCUGUGAGAUUUGAUGGCAAAGGUUAUCUGAAAUAUCUCUAUCACAUGGAGGAAGACAAAAACAACUUUCAUCUAUCUCUCCGACUUAAGACAUCCCAUCCCGAAGGCACAGUAAUGACUACCAAUGCUUCUGACUGGGCAACAUUAGAGCUGGUAGACAAGGAGCUGCGGUUCAGCUAUAGAUGUGGCAACAUGCCCCCUGGCAGUCUGCAGGUGGCCAACUGCCCUGUGGCUGAUGGCCGUUGGCACCACAUCUCCCUGGAGGUCAAUGGCACAAUCCUUAGGCUCACCAUAGAUGCCAGCCACACCAAUUCCCUCAUUCUGCCCCAACCCUGCAAACUGACCCAGUCUGGUGGAGUGCUGGUGCUAGCCAGCUCUAAUCCCAGCGCAGAUGCCCAGCGACCGGGCUUUACCGGCUGUUUGGAGAACUUGGAGUUCAAUGGAGAGGCGGUGAGAAGGGAGAAGGGUUCUGGCCCGCGGAGCGGCAGACUCUUCGGGAUCUACCAGUGCUGCUCUGAAGUGAAGAGCUGUGCCAGUAAUCCUUGUGGGAAUGGAGGCACUUGUGUUGAAGACUUAAGCGGAGAGAUUCGCUGUAGCUGUGCAAUGCUGCAUUCUGGCUCUCGCUGUGAGAAGACGGUCAAUCCCUGUGCAUCUCAUGCCUGUGCAAAAGGCCUUUGUGUGUCAAACACUCGGAGUUACAUCUGCAACUGUUCUGAGGAAAUGACUGGAAACAGAUGUCAGAUUGACGCAAAUUCAUGCAAUCCAAAUCCUUGUGUCCGAGGUUUCCAGUGCACAUUGGCGGAUAACUCCAUCCACUGCGAACGCACCACAUCCCUCCCUUACGCGGAGAUCGCAGAGAUCUGCGCAGGGAUACUGGGACUCGUUCUUCUCGUCGUGGCCUUCGUGUGUCUUCGAAAGCGGUACAUCAGCCAUAAAAAGCACAAGUCGGCCUGUGUGCAGGAUUCCAACGAUUACUUCCCAACUUUAUCCAAAAGCACGAUGAAAGAAACAGAAUUCAGCUCUCCUAUGGAGAUCAGCACCCUCGUUGGCUUUGGAGGCGAUCUGGACAACAGUCCUUUUCGUUCGCUGAAACAACCCAGCCAGCGGGAGCUCGGUCCUCAGGUAGGACCUCGCACGCAUAGGUCUCAAGGUCCAGUGAUCUGUAGCGUGGCUCCCAAUCUACCUCCUCCACCCUCCUCCAGCUCUGAUAAUGACUCUAUUCGGAAAAAACACUGGGAGCAUGACUAUGAAGUGUAUCCAGCCGAUCCUGACUACUAUGGCCGACCUUCCAUUCAAGAAUUCCCACAGUUUGACAUCGUGGAAAGCACCUACUCGAACCCUCCUACCGAGUCCCGCAGGAACUCUCGCUUUGGAGGCUUCCCUUUCCCUCUUGAUCGCGUCGAUCGCCGCGCCCCAUUGCCUCCGUGUUACAGCAACCAAAACCUAGAUGACUUCUUAGGGGCGGAUGGGCUGCCCCUGCCCAGCCCUCAGUGCCCGAACGAGUACACUGCCAUAAGCUACUACCCUACCCAGCACACUCGCAGCAUGGACAACGUUUCCAGCAGCUACAAGAGACUGAGCGUGCGCUUGACCGUGGCCCAGCCUUCCUACGCGGACAGUGGCGGAAACAAUCGGGCUGGAACGAGCAGGACAUCUCGCAGUUACGCCGGCUCGGAUAUGGUAGAAAGUGACUAUGGCAGUUGUGAGGAAGUCAUGUUUUAAGAGACUGCUACGCAUUACGGUGCGAAAGGUGAUGUCUUACAUAUAGUAUAUGAAGCGCAAUGGCAGAAAGCCACAAAAGCACUAUAAGACUAUCAGUAUUAACAGUCGUUUUCAGGGAAAGAAAAAUAUAUCCGUGCAUCUGAUUAUUCCCACUGUUUUACCCUUAACAUUCCUUUAGAAGUAUUGCAUGACCUUUAAAAGUCAAAAGUGUGGUUGUAAAUGCCCCCUAUUUGGUAUUAGUAUUCUAAUUUUUUACAUGUCCAUUUAGACAAUCUACAUCACCCCAUUUGUUUAAAUGACUGAUUGUGUUGCAUGUCAUCAGAUCGGACACCAGAUGCUUAAAAGAUUUUAUAGACAAGCUGUGUAUUGCUUAAAGUUCCUAUGCUCACAACAACCACUGUAGAAUAUUUAAAUGGUUCCCAAACAUUUUUAUCAAAGCAGGUUAUAUUUUACAACGAUACAAAAGCACUAUGCAAGUACAUCGAUUUGUAAAAACAGACUAAAGCACAGGCUGGUUCUUUGCUGUAUCAAAACUAAGUCCGCAAUGUGAAAUACCAUGUAUGUUUAAAAACACAACCAACCCCUAUUACCGUUGAUGUUCUUGGCAGUUCAGAAAUAAUACUUUUUUAAAUAUUUUUGGCUGUUACAAUGUGUCCAAAUUGUAGUACUUGGUGAAAAGUUAUUAGAGUAGGGCAGUCAUUUUUAAUGUGAACUUGGCACAAGUUUCAACUUCUGAUGCUGCAGAUGUUAUGCAGUAUUAGAAGUUUCCAGUGAUCAAAGGCAGUCAAACUCAAGCCAUGAGAAAUCCCAAAUGCAGCUUUUUUAGGCUCCAUUACGCUACUUGACAAACUUGUUAUAAUGCUUACUAAUCAUGAAAAGAUCAAAAAAAUACUUAGCAAGUCUGUUGAUGAGAUUUGAACUAAACAAUUUAUAAACGUGUAAAAUUUACAAACAACAACUGCAUUAUAUUUUGUAAAGUGACUCUCUUUGUGAUUUGUAUGCAUAACAAUGAUGGAGGUUUUAUGGUUCUUUUGUUUUGAUUUCAAAAGUUAUGAGGGGGGAUCUUCAUGUCUUACUGAAUGCAAACAAUAGGUGAACGCAACUGACGUGAUUCAUUUUAAAUCUUUGACAGUGCGUUAGUUUGUGUGCUGGGCCAUGCCAUUUCACUUUACUGCAUGUGCUCUGUAAAACUGCUUCAUUGUAGUGUGUAGCCUCUAGUCUUUCAAAAUGACAGUACAGUGUUUGUGUAAAUAUUAAUGGCAGCUGUUGUAAAUGUAAGUCAUUAUGAACAGUUGUUGUGUGCAGUGGUGUGGUUGUGUGGUAUGUUGCGAAUGCCAAUGUCAUUUUUUAUAUUUUGUUACAGUGAGCAAAAGCUCUUUAUUAAUGAGUUCCUCUGUGAGAGAAUUUAUGUUGUCUAUCAUUUCUGAUGUAUAUAGAAAAUGCUAUGAAAUAUCAAAAAUUAAAUUGUUUAAUGUACAGUACAGAAUUUUUGUUGUUUUAUGGUACACUGUAGACCCUAAUGUUCAAAGUAAUUAAAUAGUGUAAACUUAA